AUUGCUCUUUUAUUUAGUCGCUCUUAGCAUGAACACCUAUCAACGUCUCUUUCGUGACGUGACACGCAACUAUCAACAAUGUAUCUCACUGAUAUGAUAAAAAUAAGGCUUGUCACGUUAUACAUCAGUUUCUUGCACAUUGGGAUCGUUAGAACCACGCUUAAAGAAGAUACUAAACAUUGGCGGGAAUUAGCUGACGGAGAAUUGGAGAAGGCUUUAUCGUACAAAUGGAAUGUGAAUACAGCGAAGAAUGUGAUCAUUUUCGUGGGCGAUGGCAUGAGUCCUGAUACAAUUACCGCUAGUAGAAUAUUUCGUGCUGGUGAGACCAGCCAAUUGUCUUGGGAGAGUUUUCCUCAUAUAGGAAUUCUUAAGACGUACAAUACUGACAAGCAAGUACCAGAUUCAGCUUCGACAGCAACAGCUCUAUUCGGCGGAGUGAAGACAAAUUACAACGUAGUCGGCGUGGAUGCAAACGUAGCAAUGAAUAAUUGUUCUGCAAGCUUGAAUGCUGACUACCACGUGGACUCUAUAAUCUCGUGGGCGCAGGCGGCUGGCAAAGACACAGGAUUCGUGACAACCACCAGGGUGACUCAUGCGACUCCGGCACCCCUGUACGCGCACAGCGCGAACAGAAAAUGGGAGUGCGAGUCGACAAUGCCGAAGACCGCCGAAAAGUGCAAAGACAUCGCCAGACAACUCGUGGAGGAUCAGCCAGGGAAAAAUAUCAAGGUAAUCAUGGGAGGAGGUAGACAAAUGUUGAAAUCCAAUGCCACAGGCACUGAAUUCGAUCCUAUAGACAAUUGGGCUGGCCAAAGAAACGAUGGUAGAGAUUUAAUAGAGGAAUGGAAGCGGGACAAAGCUGCUAGAAAUCUUUCCUUCAAGAUCGUUCAAAAUAACGAAGAAUUGUUUCGCGUGGAUACUGAUAAAGUUGAUUAUUUGUUGGGUGUUUUUGCAAAUGGCCACAUCAGUAUGGAUUGGAAUAGAGAAAAAGGUCCCAAAGGACAGCCAAGUCUUGAAGAGAUGACCGUGACUGCCUUGAAGAUCUUACAAAAGUCAAAACAUGGCUAUCUUCUUAUGGUCGAGGGCGGGCUCAUUGAUUAUGCUCAUCAUCGUGGCCACGCUGCACAGGCGUUGCUAGAAACUGUUAGGUUCUCAGACGCAAUUAAUACGACCUUGGGUAUGGUUGACACUCGAGACACUCUUAUUAUUGUGACCAGCGAUCAUACUCAUUCUAUGAGUUUUAAUGGCUACAGCAAUAGGGGCUCGCACAUUCUAGGUAUAUCUCAGAAGUCCAAGCACGAUGGAAUUCCAUAUACAACGCUGACGUACAGUACAGGGGGGCCGAAUAACAUAGCGUACACGCUCAAGAAUGGUUCCGCCGUCAGGUUGGAUCCUUCCGAAGAAAAUACAACCGCGUAUACGUACAGUCAACAGGCAACUAUCAUAUCUGACGAAGCUUACCACGGAGGCGGUGAUGUCGCUGUCUAUGCAAUAGGACCGUUUGCACAUUUGUUUCAUAGCGUGCACGAACAAAGUUACGUCGCCCGUGUGAUUGCACACGCUGCUGGUAUGCAGCCGAAAGCGUAUGGGAGCGCUGGAAAGCAAUACAAUAGUCUGGUUGACGUUUCCAUGUACAUUUGCUUCUUCCUCUUACUUUUACUUCAUUGACGAUAAAAAUAGAUUAAACCACAAAUGCGUACAAUCUUAAAAAAAAGAAAAGUACAACGUCUUAUGUAAGAUGUAAUGUAUAUUUAAAAAAAAAAGAUCAAAGUUACAUGUCUCCUUAUCGUACUUAAGUAAGUAGGAUAGCGAAUGGCCGCGAAAAAUACACUUGGAUCCACUUGAUCACAGAUUACCCUAACUCGUUUUAGUGGACACAUCAAGUCAUUUUGACGAGCGACAGCUAAUAUAACCUUACGAUAUAGAAUAAAUCAUUUUUUUCUCGCA